AUGUCCGGCAGGACAACUCCGACCUCAAUAAAAGGUCUCCAGGUGCCCCUGCUCCUCACACAGCUUCAGCUCUCAGCAAGAACAAGAACGGUCCUCACUCCGACCACCCUUCGCUCCUCUCCCAACACCAUGUGCUCCACUGGAUGCUGUUCCACGGGAUGCUGCUCUGUCGUGAAGAGCAAGACCGUGUGCUGCACCCCCUGCAAGACCGUGUGCUGCAGCCCCUGCAAGACUACAGUGUGCUGUGACCCAUGCCAGCAGUCCUGCUGCUGCGAUCCAUGCCAGAAGCCCUGCUGUGACCCAUGCCAGUCCUGCUGUGACCCCUGCCAGAAGCCUUGCUGUGACCCAUGCCAGUCCUGCUGUGACCCCUGCCAGAAGCCCUGCUGUGACCCGUGCCAGUCCUGCUGCGAUCCAUGCCAGAAGCCCUGCUGUGACCCGUGCCAGUCCUGCUGCGAUCCAUGCCAGAAGCCCUGUUGUGAUCCAUGCCAGUCCUGCUGUGACCCCUGCCAGAAGCCUUGCUGUGAUCCAUGCCAGUCCUGCUGUGACCCCUGCCAGAAGCCUUGCUGUGACCCAUGCCAGAAGCCCUGUUGUGAGCCAUGCCAGACUGUCUGCUGUGACCCAUGCCAGAAGCCCUGCUGUGACCCGUGCCAGUCCUGCUGUGACCCGUGCCAGAAGCCUUGCUGUGACCCGUGCCAGUCCUGCUGUGACCCGUGCCAGAAGCCGUGCUGUGACCCUUGCCAGUCCUGCUGUGACCCGUGCCAGUCUGUGUGCUGCACCAAGGUGUGCCAGAAGUCCGUGUGCUGUGUCCCACGGCCCUGCUGCAGCCCCUGUGGGUCCCUGUCCUGCUGCUCCUGCGUGGUGAAGAAGCCCGUGAUGGUUUGCUGCACCCCCGUGAGGAAGUACUGCACCCCCUGCAUCCCCAUCCAGCAGUGCUGCGCCAGCCUCAAGAAGUCCUGCUGA